UCGGUCAUGUGAUCAGCUGUGUCCAAUCACAGCUGAUCACAUAGCACUGAUGAUCAGUGUGCCCUGAUGAUCAGUGUAGCCCCAGCAGUGCCACAUGUCAGUGUCCAUCAGUGCCAUGUGUCAAUGCUCAUACAUGCCACCUGCCAGUGCCCAUCAGUGACACAUUUCAGUGCCUACCAGUGCACAUCAAUGCCACAUAUCAGUGCCCAUCUGAGCGGCCUUUCAGCGUUACCAUUCAGUGCCACCUAUCAAUGCCAGUCAGUGCCACCUAUCAGUGCAAGCCAGUGCUGCCUAUCAGUGUGCAUCAGUGCCCGUCAGUGCUGCCUAUCAGUG